AUGGGUAUGCGGGAUUACUUUGAAAAAGACCUUGAAUUUCAUUCCCAAGAUCUUGAAAAGACCUCUGAAAGUCGCCAUGUCCACUUCUGCAAAUUUUGGAAGAGGUUUGACGGAUCAGAUGUUAUUCAUUCAAGAUGGGCUAUGCCUGGAGCACUUGGUUGUGUUUUUCUUGAGCCAUCUAGGCUUCACAACUCCUACCGGGACGCCACCAGAAUCCAAGAGGAAAUAGCCAUCGAUCUCUUGGGCAUCAAGAAGAGUGCCCGCAUUCUCGAUGCCGGUUGUGGCAUCGGCGGUCCGAUGCGCACCAUCGCCGCUCAUUCCAGUGCCAAUGUUGUCGGUAUCACCAUUAACGAGUACCAGAUAAACCGAGCCCGGAUGCACAAUGAGAAAGCCAACCUCGAUUUCCUAUGCGAAGUCAUACGUGGCAACUUCCUGCAAAUGCCCUUCCCCGACAACAGCUUCGACGGGCCUUACUCCAUCGAAGCCACCUGCCAUGCACCCAAGCUGGAGAAAGUCUACAGCGAGAUCUACUGA